AUGCACGUGCAAGGGGACGUCGAAAGGGCGAUAUCAAGCAUCCACAAGCUUAAGGCGGCGUGGGUGUUAGAGGAGCAGGAGAGACGGCACGACCAUGCCUUCAAGAGCAGCCUCUUACCUGUGGAGCGUCAGGCCGCAGGCAUUCUGCGGAGACUUUGUCGCGAUAUCAAGAUCGGAGACCAGAUUACUCAAGAAAAUGGCAACACGAGUGCUUUCCGCACUGACAUGCCGUUCUUCGAAGCAAGGGAGCUCAUGGAAAAGAGUUCACUCUGGCCAGUAUUGUCGAAAAUGCCCAAGGGAUGUCUUCUUCACGCUCAUGGGGAUGCUAUGCUGGAUCCGGAGUGGAUAAUUACACAAGCAUUGGAAAUUCCCGGCUAUUAUGCCUCAAGUCCAAUAACCCUCAACCCCUACGACGACGAAACACCUGCACCUAUUCAGUUCGGCUACGCACCUGAUAGCCCUAGCCUCAAGUCACAGAACAUAUGGUCCUCGGCCUAUAUCCCGCAUACUCCCGUACCUCUCACUAGCAUUGCAGCCUACCACCCUUCUAGUGUAGUCGGUUUCAAGAGGUGGGCUAAGGCCCAGAUGAGCCUUACGCCGAGGGAGUGCCGUGUCUUCAAUGAAGGCCAGGAUGCGAUCUGGAACAAGUUUGCAUCGUGCUUCAUCGUCUCCAACGGCCUAUUCUACACUGAGCCCGUUUUCCGGCGCUGUAUCCGCGAGAUCCUGCGCAACCUGCAUGCCAACGGCAUCCGAUACGUCGAACUACGACUCUCAAUCUCGCCAAAUUUUCAUUAUCUUAAUAUGUUCGAGUGUUUCAAUCAAGAGCUUAACGCUCACAUGUCCUCCCCAAUGGGUCGAGGUUUCUGGGGCGCUCGCAUCAUCUGGAUUAGUCUCCGAAGUGACCCGAAUGACCAUAUUCUUGGCGAGAUGCGCUCGUGCAUAGACUGCAAGAAGAGGUACCCUAACCUACUAGCAGGUUUUGAUCUCGUGGGACACGAGGACAAGGGUCGAUCUCUUGAGGAGCUCACACCCCUAUGUCUUUGGUUCCAAAAGCAGUGUGAGGCGGGCGGCCUCCACAUACCGUUUUUCUUCCAUGCUGGAGAGUGCCUAGGUGAUGGCGAUAGCACUGACUGGAACCUCGCAUCGGCGGUUUUGCUCAAGUCUCGAAGAAUUGGACACGCGUUCUCGCUCUAUAAACACCCGGUCCUUUUGGAAAAGGUGAAGCAGAACCAGAUUCUGAUUGAAUCGUGCCCCAUUUCGAACCAAAUCUUACGUCUUACCCCUUGGCCCGCAACGCACACUUUGCCGGGGCUCUUGUCGCAUGGGGUCGCGGUCUCUAUCAAUAACGACGACCCUGGAGUGUUAGGACACGGCGAGUGCGGCCUUACUCAUGAUCUCUUCCAGGUUUUGGCUUCGUUUGACAAUGUCGGCCUAGGAGGCCUAGCAGACAUGGUUCAGAACAGCAUCCUGUGGGCGGCUUUUGACGACCAAAACCACGAAGACUGGGUACGGGAUAUUAAUAUGAAUGGACGCCUGAGCGGCACAAAAUCGGAGAGGGUGGCAGUUUGGAGGCAGGAAUGUACGGCAUGGUGCCAAUGGGUCGUAGACAACUAUAGCUAG